AUGUUAGAACGAUUCGAUAAACCGGCAGAGACACCGGCACCGAUAUCCAACGAAGUUGGCUUCCGCAAACGAAGUUCAUACGAAGAUUGGUACUCAUACCAAGACACAUUCGAAAAACUCAUUCACUCGAAUGAAAGUCUUGCUACCAUAGAAAAAUUCCAUUACUUGCGUUCUUCUUUAAAGGAUAGGGCAGCAGAGGUUAUAAGGUCCAUAGAAAUUACCACAGACAAUUACCCUGAAGUAUGGGCAGCAAUAAAGGAUCGAUUCGACAACAAAAGAUGGAUCAUACACAAACACAUCAAGGCGAUGUUCGAAGCACCAUCACUUACGAAGGAAAAUCAUAUCGCACUGCGCGAAUUACUGGACACCAUCUCAAAGCAUCUGAGAGCCCUUAAGGCUCUAAAAAGGCCCACGGAUACAUGGGACGACGUGGUCAUACACAUAAUCACGUCGAAACUUGAUUCCGCAACCAAUAAGGCAUGGGAAACAAGUAUUGUCCAAGGAGACAUGCCAAAUUUGAAAUCUCUCACAGACUUUCUUUCAAAACGUUGUCAAGCGUUAGAAUCUAUUUCUAGUAACUGGUCUAGCAAUCAACAAGGUAACGUUUCUCAAAAAUACGGUAGUAAGCACAAGAAUCAAUCCGUUUCAAAUGUCGCGACGUCUAAUAUAUCUUGCCCGCAGUGCAAGGAAAAUCAUUCGUUAUAUCAUUGUGAAGCAUUCCGUAAACUUUCAGUAGACAAACGACUACAGGUAGUUAAAAAGGCUCAUAUUUGUACAAAUUGUCUGCGAUCAACAGAGCAUCAAGCCAGUGCGUGUAAGUCAGGAGCUUGCCGCAAAUGCAACAAAAGGCAUAACACUUUGUUACACCUAUCAAAUCCUAACAAUGAUAAUAAAUCUGUAGAGUCUAAGGAAUCGCUUGCAGAUUCGAAUGAAGCGUCUCAGGCUGUCGUUACCCAAUGUUUGUCAGCUCACCACUCGUUAAAUAUUUUAUUGUCCACCGCCAUCGUAUACGUAUACGAUUCCAAGGAACAGCCAAUUUCAUGUCGCGUCCUACUUGAUAGCGGCUCGCAAAUGAACUUUAUCACUGACGAGCUAGCCAAUCAAUUGCAUCUUAAGGAGCAAUCAGUGGAAGCUUCUAUUACAGGAGUCAUGCAAAAGGGCUUUCAUGCCAAAAGAAUGAUAAGCUUACGGGUUAAAUCUCGCUUCAAUAAUUUUAGUGAAGUCAUAGACUGUAUUGUGCUACCAAAAAUUACUCAGCAAUUACCUCAAAAAUUCACAACCAAAUCAAAUAUAGUAAUUCCCAAGCACAUCAAACUGGCUGAUCCCAAUUUUAAUAUCCCGUCUAGUAUCGACAUGUUGAUAGGCGCCGAAUUAUUCUGGAGACUUAUUUGUGCUGGGCAGAUCAGACAUUCAAAGAAUCAGCCAAUCUUACAAAAGACUCGCUUAGGAUGGAUAAUCUCUGGUCAUAUUAUGGAUAAUGAUAUCAAUCUUAUUUCAACUAGUUGUAAUUUAGCCGUAACAGAUGAUCUGAAUCGAGCGCUCAGUCGAUUCUGGGAAGUCGAGCAUAACAUAUUAACAUCCAAUCCGUCACCGGAAGAAAGCAGGUGUGAACUCAUCUUCCAAGGCACUACCAGACGCAACGAGGAAGGACGAUUCAUAGUUCAACUGCCAAUAAGGAUGGAUAAACUGACUGCCAUUGGAGAUUCCAGGGAUAUCGCCUUGAAACGUUUCAAACUCUUGGAGAGACGUUUCGCGAAACAGCCACAAAUGCAUGCUGAAUAUAAAAAGUUAAUUCAUGAAUAUAAGGAACUAGGUCACAUGCGUGAAGUGCCCAAUCACCUAGAUUCCAAAAUAUCCAACGCAAAUAUUCCAACUUAUUACUUGCCUCACCAUGCGGUAUACAAGGAAACAAGCACCACUACCAAACUAAGGGUCGUAUUCGAUGGAUCUUGCAAAACAUCAACCGGUACUUCACUUAAUGACGUGUUGAUGGUUGGCCCGACAAUACAAGAGGAUCUCUUCUCAAUUCUAUCAAGAUUCCGAACAUUCACAUACGUUCUAACCGCCGACGUUGUAAAAAUGUACAGGCAGGUAUUAAUAGACCCUACGCAGACUUGUCUUCAGCGCAUCCUUUGGCGUGACUCGCCAAAUGAGUCGAUUAAAACGUUUGAGCUUCUUACGCUCACGUAUGGAACUUCCUCAGCGUCAUUCUUAGCCAUUGCUGCUCUGCGAAGGCAAGCCGAAGAAAAUUCAAACAAAUUUCCAAUCGCAUCCAAGGUAGUGUUAAACGACUUUUAUGUAGACGAUCUAGUCACUGGUGCAAACACCAUUCAAGAAAUUUGCGCUAUCAAAAGGGAAACGAUUCAACUAUUACAAGAAGCCAAAUUUGAAUUAGCAAAAUGGGCAUCAAAUGUUCCCUCUCUGCGGGACAAUCAAUCACAUUCAAAUCACAAGGAAUUUAUCUUGUCAGCUGACAAACAAUGCGAAACACGUACAUUGGGCAUCACAUGA